GAGACACAACAACACACUUACUCAGAGGUCCCCGCUCCGCCGGUCGGACGCGAUCCGCGGGGGAUGAGCCUCGUCCGCCGCCUCGAAGCCGUGGACGCCGUACCCGCGCUGCAGGAAAUUUUCGGAAUUGCCCGCGGGCACCCACUCCCGGGCCUCCUGCGCCGCCUCCUCCCUCGCAAUCUCGCCCAUGGAGCCGCCGACGCGCCGGCCUUGAUCAAAACGCCGGCUGUCGGCCUGGAUGUCCCGCACCGCGUCGUGCAGAGACUGCGUGGCCUCGGCCUCCCGGUGCAGGCGCGCUUCCAUCCUCUCCGCCUCCUCGACCCUCAAAUCGUUGACGGACUUGCCCGCGUUCUUCGUGCGGACGUUGGCCAGCGCCUCGGCGACCGGCGACAACCCCACAAGCUCGUCGCAGCGCCACUCCCUCCAAGAAUCCUGGGCCGACGCGUCAUCGACACCCCGCACGGGGCACGCCGCCCAUUCAAUAAAUUCGCGCACGAACUGGCCCUCUUUGUCCAGUUCCUGGCGGUAGCACUCGUGGCGGAUCAGCGCGGUCUGCAGGUCGUCGCACCGGCGCAUCUCCGCAUCCAAAAAGCUGUGGCCGGCCCGUCUUAUCGAAGGCGGCGCCGGCGGGACGCUCUCGCAGUCGUGCCGCCGCCACUGGCGCUCGAGCUGGCGGCUCUUCUUGGGCAGCCUUGCUCUCCUCUCCUUGUCGAGGUCGAGGCAGGUGUGGACGCGGUUGGAUGGUUCCGCGGCGGCCACGAGGGCGAUUGUCCAGGCGUGCUUCAUGGCAUGGUGCGGUGGGGCUGCCUUUUUCGGGUCCCUGAGAGCUUGCUAGUGUCUUACGGUACGCUA